AUGCGGCUCUUCCUCCUCGCUGCAACUUUCUGGGGAUUGUGCCUGGCGCCAGGUUCGGGUUUGCAAAUACAGUGUUACCAGUGUGAGGAGUUCCAGCUAAAUAAUGACUGCUCCUCUCCAGAGUUCAUCGUGAAUUGUACAGUGAAUGUUCAAGAUAUGUGUCAGAAAGAAGUAAUGGAAAAAAGUUUUGGAAUCAUGUACCGCAAGUCCUGCGCCUCCUCGGCAGCGUGUCUGAUCGCCUCCGCCGGCUACCAGUCCUUCUGCUCCCCUGGCAAGGUGAACUCCGUCUGCAUCAGCUGCUGCAACACUCCCCUCUGCAAUGGACCCCGGCCCAAGAAGAGGGGGAACUCUGCCGUGGUGCCGAGGGCACACGUGAUAACUACACUUCUGCUUCUUAAAUUUGCUCUGCUGUUUUUGUACUGCUAAACUUCAAGCAAGUUGGU